UUCCAGACUAUAUUUUGUAACAGCGGGAGUAAGCGUGUGAGACUCGUCUCCGCAUUCGCUCGCCUUUGUUGCGCUAUUUUCUGUUUACAGGUUAACCCUUGAGCAAUAUGAAAGCAAUACUUUUGUACACUCCCGCUUUUGCAUCAUUCAUUGUCUUUGCUGCAGUCCAUGUCGCCGCACGCAGUGCGGUCUUGGAGCUCGGAGACGCGGACUUCGAUUACCUGGCGGCGGAGCAGGAGACCAUGCUAGUGAAGUUCUAUGCGCCAUGGUGUGGUCAUUGCAAGAAACUUGCCCCAGACUUUGAGUUGGCCGCCUCUCGUCUAAAAGGAAUAGUUGCUCUGGCUAAGGUGGACUGUACCUCUAACACUGACACAUGCAGUCGUUUUGGGGUCACAGGGUACCCAACGCUCAAAAUCUUCCGCAGUGGAGAGGAAUCUUCAGCCUAUGAUGGGCCUCGUACUGCAGAUGGCAUGGUGAAGUACAUGAAGAAGAACGCAGGACCCAAUUCCUACUCCCUGUCCACUGAAGAACUUCUUGAUGCCUUCAUCGAUAACUUUGAUGUCAGUGUAGUGGGUUUCUUCUCCAGUAGUGACAGCCCCCAGCUGGCCGAGUUCCUCAGAGCUGCUGCAGCCAUGAGAGAUACCUACCGCUUUGGCCACUCCACCAACCUGCAGCUAGGACUCAAACACGGCAUGGACACAGAGGGUGUGGUGCUGUUCCGUCCCCCGCGGCUGAGUAGUGUGUUUGAGGACGGGGCGCUGAAGUUCACAGACACCGUGACCAGUGCUGCUCUCCGGCGCUUCAUCAGAGACAACAUCUUUGGGAUGUGUCCCCACCUCACCCCUGAGAAUAAGGACAAGCUCAGGCAGAGGGACCUGCUGACCGCUUACUAUGACCUGGACUACAGACGCAACCCCAAGGGCUCCAACUACUGGAGAAAUAGGGUGAUGAAGGUGGGAUCUGGGUUUGUGUCUGAGGGAUUGACGUUUGCUGUGGCCAAUCGGAAGGACUUCCAGGACGAGUUGGAGGAGGAUUUUGGUCUAGGCACGUCCGAUGGAGGAGACCUCCCCUUCGUCACCAUCCGAACGCGACUGGGACACAAGUACACCAUGAGAGAGGAGUUCACGAGAGAUGGGAAGUCUCUGGAGAGGUUCCUUGAUGACUACUUUGCUGGACGACUGAAGAGAUAUGUUAAAUCAGAACCCAUCCCCUCCCCCAACAGAGGCCCUGUCAAGGUGGUGGUGGCUGAUAACUUCGAUGAGCUUGUGAAUGACCCAGAGAAAGACGUCCUGAUAGAAUUCUACGCACCCUGGUGUGGACACUGCAAGAAGCUGGAGCCAAAAUACAUAGAGCUCGCAGAGCAGCUUGCCAGUGACCCCAACAUUGUUGUUGCCAAGAUGGACGCCACAGCCAAUGAUGUGCCGGUGGGCUACGAUGUGCCUGGGUACCCCACCAUCUAUUUUGCUGCCAGGGGGAAGAAGGAUGAACCCAGACGCUAUGAUGGGGCCCGUGAGGUGAAGGACUUGCUGAACUUCCUGAAGAGGGAGGCCACACAUGCACCAGUGCUGAAUGGAGCCAGGCAGGAACUGUAGAGCUGCUGCACUCUGGGAAGUGUAGUUUACAGACACUGGACUGGGAACAAUCUGUUUCUUCCUGUUAUAUUUUUUUUGUUUGUUUGUUUGGUUAGUUGGUUUGCUUUUUGUCUACUGUAUAUAACACUACCAAUAUUUACUUGACUGUUCUGUUAAGCACUGUGGGUUUUAGCUAAAAUUAAGAAGCCUCACUCAGGCUCCCAGGAGCUGCUGAUGAUGAGGAGAUGGCGGCCCAUCCAAUCCGUGUCCACCCUGGAGGCUGGUUCUGCCCUGAGGACCAGGGUUUGCCCCUUUCUGAUUUGCUGAAGUUCCCAACAAUACCAUGGGGCAAUUUUAGUAACCUUGUAAUGCUAUUAGCAUUGGAGCAUUUUUUAAAAGACAGUCAGGUUCAUAUGGAUUCCUGGUUUCUGAAGACUCAUCUGUGUAUGCCACUGACAGAAGGUAUGUGGAGACCUAAGGCCAUGUUUCUUUAGAGAAAGAGCUCUGUGCUGUCUCUCCCUCUCCUCUGCCUCUGCACUGCGCCAUAAGGGAUAGGCCUCCAUCACAUCCCGCUGCUUACUGUAACAAUGCCGCUCUGUAGACCGUCACUGCACUGAGAACAGCCCAGUAGGACACACUGCCCGCAACCACAUCACCUGUCGGAUCCAUCUGCCCGCAACCACAUCACCUGUCGGAUCCAACUGCCCGCAACCACAUCACCUGUCGGAUCCAACGGCCCAUACCUUGACCGCAUCGCCUGUAGGAUCUGACGGCGCGGUGUGUGACCGCAUCACCUGUUGGAUCUGACGACACGGUGUCUUUCCGUCAACUGUUGGAUUUGAUGGCCCAGCAACGCUCUGAAGGGAUUUUGUGUUCUUUUUAUUGAAUUGUUUGAAUAUCUGGAAACAUCCAGAGUUUCCCUUUUGGAUGUUCUUACAGAGUGAUGAGCUGCUUGUUAUUUAUGUAUUUAGUUAUUUAUAGAUAUUUAUGGGUAUUGUUCAAGAAGCCUGAUUUGAGAAAAAUGACUGGAUUUUCCAGCAAUUGCCAUUUUGUUAUAAUAUUUUACAGCCUUAUUUAUUCAUAAUACUGUGACAUGUAAAUUUUGUGUAAUAAACCACGUUUUUUUGUAUUUAGGAAUGGGAUUUACCUCGUAUCAUUUGUCAUGUUCCUAUGUCUCAUUCCAAAAGAAAUGCUGGCAUGGUUUAUUAAAAAAUAGCUACUUAAAUA